AUAUUAAAGCGCAGCUUGGAUCCUGAGAACAUGCCGUCACAAAUGGAGAUUUGCCAGCAGCUCAGGAGCAAUUUCCAUGAUAGGAGGCAGCCAACCCCAAUUCCAGAUGUGGCACCUAAUCCACCAAUGGUCAGUUGAGAGUUCUGGAAUUAGAGGAGGAACGGGUGGAAAACUGGGUGAAGUGGUUUUCCCUGAACAGAUUCCUCGAGUGACUGAGCAACCAAAAUGGCAGGGGCCAACAACAGCUUCUCGGAGGGCUUCAUUCUGAUGGGUGUAUCUGACCAUCCCCAGCUGGAGAUAAUCUUUUUCAUAGUCAUUCUCUUCUCUUACUUGCUGACCUUGUUUGGGAACUCAACUAUUAUCCUGCUUUCCUGCCUGGAUGCCCGACUCCACAGCACCAUGUACUUCUUCCUCAGCAACCUCUCCUCCCUGGACCUUGCUUUUACAACUAGCUCAGUCCCCCAAAUGCUGAUUAACUUAUGGGGACCAGAUAAGACCAUAAGCUAUGGUGGCUGUGUGACCCAGCUCUAUGUUUUCCUCUGGCUAGGGGCCACUGAGUGCAUCCUGCUUGUGGUGAUGGCAUUUGACCGCUAUGUGGCAGUUUGCCGGCCCCUGCAUUACACCACCAUUAUGAACCCUCGGCUGUGCUGGCUGCUGGCUGCCAUUGCAUGGUUGGGCGGCUUGAGCAACUCUGUGAUCCAGUCAACGUUCACUCUGCAGCUCCCAUUAUGUGGGCACCAGAGGGUGGACAACUUCCUGUGUGAGGUGCCUGCCAUGAUCAAACUGGCCUGUGGAGACACUAGUCUCAAUGAAGCUGUGCUCAACAGUGUCUGCACCUUCUUCACUGCUGUCCCACUAAGCAUCAUCCUGAUCUCCUACUGCUACAUAGCUCAAGCUGUGCUGAAGAUCUGCUCAGCUGAGGGACAGAGAAAGGCCUUUAAUACAUGCCUCUCCCAUCUGGUGGUGGUAUUCCUCUUCUAUGGCUCAGCUAUCUAUGGGUAUCUCCUUCCAGCUAAGACCAGCAGCCAGGACCAGGGCAAAUUCAUUUCCCUCUUCUACUCUGUGGUCACGCCAAUGGUGAAUCCUCUCAUCUACACUCUAAGAAACAAGGAGGUAAAGGGGGCGCUAAGGAGGCUGCUGGGAAAGGGAAGAGAACUUGGCUGAGAGAAGGGAAAACUCCAUCAUCAUUUAACUCCUCUUCUUCUACCUUUUCUCAUUCUUGCUCUGACCUGAUGAAUAUGAGGAGUACCAACCCUAGUACAACCAAGAUAUGUUCCCAACAACCCUAAGCUGCUAAGACAUGGUUAGAGUUAUUUCUAAUAUUCUAUGCUUAUUUACUAAAAAUCCUGUGGACUACAGGUAACAAUAGAUCUUAGGUGUGUCUCAUCAACAGCUCAGAGGUUUUUGACUUAGUACAGACCUAGCUCACUGUCCUUGUUGUACACAUGUAUUUAUUACAUGUAAUGAAUAUUACUUGUUUUGUAUUUCUAGAGAAUUAUGUACUUUAAAAAGCAGUUCCACUUGUAAUAUCUUUAUAUAAUGAUGCUACUAUUCCAUAAAAUCAAGCCAGACAUUAGUCCCAAAUGAAAACUCAAUUCAUCUUUGUACCCUAUCCAUCCCCCCAUCUUUCUCCAUCUCUCUUUGUCUCUUCUGAGUAUUUCAGUCUGUCUACCCAUACUUCCUUUUUUAAAAAAGAUUUUAUUUAUUUGAGAGAGAGAGAGAGAGAACAACAGAGUGAGAGAGAGUGUGUACAAGCUGGGGGGAGGGGGAAAGGGAGAGGGAGAAGUAGACUCUCUGCUGAGCAGGAAGCCUGAUCCAGGGCUCGAUCCCAGGACCCUGGGAUCAUGACCUGAGCUGAAGGCAGACACUCAACCAACUGAGCCACCCAGGUGCCCCUGUCUACCCAUACUUCCUAUCCAUAUGUUCCUCUGUCAUCUUGUUUACCCUCUCCUUUAUGUCUACAUGCCAUUUUCUGCUUCAUCUAAUAUUUAAUGAGAAAAAAGAAAGACUAUUUUCCUUUCAAUUAAACCUAUUUAUUUAAAUUGUCUCCUCCAAAGUCCCAGCCAUGAGAUUUGCUAUCAGCAUUUGGAUAUGUUGUGUAUGAUUGGUGGAUUGUGGGAUGCUCUGAGACUCCUUAAGCAAGUUUAAGAGCCCAAGAAAGAUUCUCUCUCCAUAAAGUAUGUCCCCUGCCUCCAGAUCUGGUUUUUCAGUCUUAACAUUCCUGGAAGUCAGCAAUCAGUCCAGCACACCAUGACUCACCUUGAGGAACACAGGUAUUGGAAUUAGAAUGCAAUAUGUGAUAUAGCACAUUACUAGAAUUGCCAUGGGAAUACAUACCUACUACCACAUUUCAUGUACUCUUUCCUUAGAGAAACUGGGUUAAUAUGAGUAAGUUGCUUAGCAAUUACAUUU